UGGGAGACGGAACUGACACGUGUGCGCAGGGUUCAUUUUGAAGAAGAGCAGUUGAAGUUGACACAGUCGCGCCUGGUGACGCUACGGAACGCAGCUGAAGAUGAGCAACGGAAAGUAGCAGAGCUAGAAGAAAAGAAGCAGACCAUUCAAGUUGAAAUCACGGAAGCGCAGGAGGGCAUCGCACAGCUUAGAGAAAUGUUGCAAGGCCUUAAUGAUGUGCUCGAAGAGAAGAACAAGCAUGUCGACCAAGCCAAAAAGACGCACACGAAAGCUGCCAAGAUACUUGACCAGGCUCUCAAAGAGAUCGGUCUGAAGAACGACGAGAUUGAGAAGCUGGCACUAGAACGAUCGGCGACUUACAGGAAAUGCAGGCUCGAGGACAUCAAGCUACCUCUACUGGAAGGAAAUUUGAAGAACGUCCCAAUGGAAGAGAACCUUCGCGAGGAGGUAGCGAUGGAUGUUGAUGAUGACAAUGGUACCCAACAACCACGACAAGUCCAAGAUUAUGGGAUUGAAGUUGACUUUGACUCUUUGACCGAGGAGGAGCGUGCGGAUAAUUCUCCCGAGACUACUGCCGAGUUCGAUGCACAAAUUGCGAGACUCAACGGAGAGAUCGAGAGAAUGGCACCCAACUUGAAGGCUAUUGAAAAGCUAGACGAUGUCGAGGCCAAGCUUGCAGACACAGAGAAAGAAGCUGAUAAGGCACGGAAAGACUCAAAAAAUGCGCGCGAUCAGUUUAACGAUGUCAAGCGAAAAAGAUGCGAGUUAUUCAACAAGGCAUACAACCACAUUUCAGAUUGUAUCGACCAGGUCUAUAAAGACCUCACUAAAGGGAAGGCUUCGCCGAUGGGAGGCGUCGCAUAUCUUAGUUUAGAGGACAGUGAGGAACCUUAUAAUGCCGGAAUCAAAUAUCAUGCCAUGCCACCGAUGAAGCGAUUCCGUGACAUGGAACAACUCUCGGGCGGGGAGAAGACCGUGGCUGCUUUAGCUCUACUUUUCGCGAAUACCAACGUUGCCAAGAUCGCCAAUUAUAUCCGCAGCCAGGCGUCCGACUCCUUCCAGUUUAUCGUCAUCAGCUUGAAGGGUUCCUUGUAUGAGCGUGGUAAUUCCCUUGUUGGAAUCUACCGUGACCAAGAUGUAAAUAGCUCUCGCACGCUGACGUUAGAUUUGACUCAAUACGAUGAAUAGUGGAGCUUUUAUUGCUAUUUUGCUACCGUGAGCUGCAUCCCUAUAUAUUUUAUUGGCUGCAUUUUGCCCAUCGAUAAUUUGAUCAACGCAACAUCUCAU